AUGUUACCUCGCUCUGAUGAUGUCCGUCAGAUGACGGACGAAAGGUCAGCACGUGUUCACCAGAAUCGAAGGAGAUUGUCUCGGAAACAGCGUCAGCAUGAAUCUUCCAGUAAAGCCAAUCGACAGCUGGUCAAGAGGAAUCCGCCGUCUUCUGGAAACAGCGUCAGCAUGAAUGUUCCAGUAAAGCCAAUCGACAGCUGGUCAAGAGGAAUUCGCCGUCGUCGUCUGGUGGAACCGACCUUCGAAUCUCUUCACCCAACACUUCCUCGAAAUGGAAGUAAUCCCAACAAUUAUGAAACAAGAGAUUCCUCGAAACCCAACUUUUCUUCGUAUAUAAGACCUCUUUCAGUCCACGUACUUUAA